AUGUUUCAAGUUUCAAGUAGUACCUAUGGUAUUAUACCAAUCGUGCACAUAUUGCAAACAAAAGUUGAUAAGGCAACAUCAACUCAAAUUUUUAGCACUCGACAUAAAAAUGCUUUAAAAUUUGUAUGUUCAAAACGACUUGGACAAAUAGAAAACAUUUCAUUUUUAACAAUUGCAACAAUAAUAGAUCCUCGAUUUAAAAGAAUUUAUUUUAAAAAUUCAGUUCCGUCGUCCAAAAUGUCAACUAAAAUAUCUGAAGAAAUAAAGGAGUGUCAAGUGACAUUUGAAAGUUCAUCUGAUUCUCCUGAUUCGAUUGGUAAGUUGAUCAAAAUAUAUUAUCUGUAA